AUGGCCUCCCCACUGUACGACGUCCCAUUUAAUGAACUCCCCAACCCUCGUCAGGUUUGGGUCGGUGAGCCCGGCAGCGAGGAGGAAGGAAUGGGCAAACUCUCAUUACUUACUCCCGAGCGCGUAGCCGCUGCGGCCGCCCGUGAGAUCAAGACGGGUAAGCGUGUCACGCUGCAGUGGGAUAUGUCCAAGUUGGAAAUAGUCGCGUUGGGGCGAUCAACGGCGCAGCACCAUAUCCUGCCAUUACUGGGCGGCAUGUGUUUUGAUGAUGUGUAUAUUUUUAAUCCUCAGGUCAGCAGUCAAUGGGAUGGUCUGCGGCAUUGCUCGCAGGGGGUUCCGGGACAGGAACAGCGCAUGUUCUACGGUGGAACUACAGCAGCUGAAAUCCAAGAUCGAUCCAAUAACCGGAUUGGGAUGCAAUUUUGGGCCCAAAAAGGAAUCGCAGGCCGCGGUAUUCUGAUUGACUACGCCUCGUACGCUGACAAAAAAGGCAUCAAAUUCAACAGCUUUACUCCGCACGAGGUCAAGCUCUCUGAAAUCCAAGAUAUCAUCAAGGAAUGCAAUAUAACCAUCCAGAAGGGCGACCUUCUGUUCAUGAGAGUAGGCAUCACCCGGGACUGGGACACCAAAAUGUCCAUAUCAGAAAAGACCGACUACGCUAACAAGCCCACGCCCGAGCUGGCCGGUGUGGAACCCACCGUGGACAUGCUGCGCUGGAUCUGGGAUUCGGGCUUUGCGGCUGUCGCGGGCGACAGUAUCGCGUUCGAAGUCUGGCCCCCGCGGAACCCCGAAGUCAUGCUGCAUGAGUAUCUGCUCGCGGGCUGGGGUAUGCCCAUUGGGGAAUUGUUUGAUCUCGAGGCGUUGGCGGAGAUGUGUAAGGAGCUGAACCGGUGGUCGUUCUUCCUUUCCUCGGUGCCUUUGAAUCAAAAGGGAGGCGUGUCUUCUCCUCCUAGUGCGAUGGCAAUAUUCUAG